AUGGACAACGACAUAAAUGCGUGUCAUGAUAUGAAUGGAGAAGCCAAAUUUGCAUCAGAAGACAAACGCGAUUCAACCAUGAGAAAAAUUAAUCUUCAGAGGAUUCGUGAUCAUGCACAGCAAUUAAAGGCAGACCUGUUAGACAGCAUGAACACACAACUAGAGGAAUUGUUGGAUGGUUUCGUGUCAACUGUGGAGCAGAUAGAAGUGGGAGAUGAUACAGAUGACAUCCAGAGGGCAGCAAACAAGCGGAAAAAGAAAGGUGAACUUCCAGACAAAGUUUUUGUGACAAGGCGCUCUGUUCUAACAGAGUUGUUUGAGAUUAGCCAUAUACAAACCAUCUACCACAUCUUUGUGGCCAUCUUGAUUGUGUUUAGCCUGAACACAAUUCUGUUUGAUGUUCUCGAGAAAGGAACAUUUAGCUUAAACUUUGAGAUGAUCCAGUGGGCUUUUGGGAAAUUCCCAAAGGUCAUGGCCAUGUGGGUGGUUAUGCAGAUGAGUACGCUGUUGAUAGUGUAUCCAGCGCUCUACUACUACGCCACAUACAGAAAACCUGGGAAUUCAGGUCUGCUAGACAUUGUAUGGAUAUGUCUGGUGAUAAUUUACCAGCUGGCCUUUCUGUUCAUUCCUCUCAUAUACCUUAUUGAGCAUGAGCUACCUCCAGCAUCUUCUGUCAUCAUCACCACGGAGCAGAUUCGUCUCAUUAUGAAAACACAUGCAUUUAUCCGAGAGAAUACAGCCAGGGUGAUGUAUAGGAAAAAGGAUGAUG